AUGGCUGACGACGCCGCCACGUCCGCCGAGGAAACGCAGAUAACCUUCAAUGUCAAGGCCGCAAACGACCAGAAGCAUGUCCUCACUCUGCCCAGUACCACCACCGUCGCCGACCUCAAGGCCAAACUUUCGACGUCGGAAUACGCAGAUGUUCCCGCUGACCGGCAACGUCUAAUAUAUUCGGGCCGCGUGCUCAAGGACCCUGACACACUGGCAAGCGUCAAGAUCAAGGAUGGGCACACAGUACAUCUUGUCAAGGGCGCUGCCAGUAAUGCGAGACAGAACCCCGCAAGCCAGGGCACUGCAAGCACUGCUGGCACGGGCACCACACCUACUCCUCAGGUACCCACCAACAUUGCCGCCGGAACAGGCAACAAUCCUCUUGCGGGACUCACUGGUGCGCGCUAUGCCGGCUUUCAUGGCUUGCCUGGCAUGGACAUGUUUGGUCCAGACGGAGGCAUGGGCCCACCACCGACCACCGAGUCCAUGCUCGAACAGAUGGAGAACCCAAUGUUUCUGUCCCAGCUAAACGAGGCUAUGAACAACCCAGCGGUAGUCGAUAUGAUGUUGCAAAGUCCCAUGAUCCGUGACAACCCGAUGCUUCAACAAGUGCUGCGAGACCCCGAAAUGCGCCGUAUGAUGUUUAGCCCGGAGAUGAUGCGCAUGCAGCUACAAAUGCAACGGAACAUGGGUGGACGUGCGCCUGGUGCUCCGCCUAGUUUCCCAGCGCCUGGUGCUACAGACAACACACCGCAAUCAGGUUCUACGGCAACAGGCGAAGGCGUCACCGCAACACCUAACCAGACUAACACAACCACACCCCCAAAUCCCUUUGCAGCCUUUGGUGGAGGUGCUGGAGCCGGAGCUGGAGCCGGAGCCAACCCAUUCGCUAGCCUGUUCGCGGGAGGUCAGAAUCCAUUCACCCCUCAGCAACAGCAGGGCGCAAACACUGGUGCGCCACAAAACACACAAGACGCCUCAAGCACUUUUCCAAACCUGUUCGGUGGCGCUGGCGCGCAAGGUGGUCAGACCAACCCCAUCGCAGAGGCCGCGCAACGAAUGAUGCAGAACCCAGAAGCCAUGCGCAACAUGAUGCAGAUGAUGGGUGGAGGCGCUGGAGCAGAUCCAUUCGGUGCUGCAGGUGGUGCCGGCCAACCACCAGCUGGUAACCCUUUUGCCGCUCUCUUUGGUCCUGGCGGAUUCGGUUCACCCCCACCACCGGCUGACAACCGACCACCGGAAGAGGUCUACGAGACGCAAUUGAGACAGCUCAAUGAAAUGGGCUUCUACGAAUUCGACCGUAAUGUCUCUGCCUUACGGAGAAGCGGUGGCAAUGUCCAGGGUGCUAUCGAGUAUCUACUCAAUGGCGCAGUGUAG